ACUUCAUGACAGCAUUUGCGACCAUUUUGCUGUGGUGGUUGUGUGUCUGAGUGGAGCUGAGGUCUAAAGAAUAAAUAGAUACACGAAAAUAAAUCUCAUUCGGCAAUGGACGGGUAUGUGUUCACGGUUGGAUGUUGCUCUUAAUUACAUUCGCUAAAGGUUUUAAUGUUGCAUGGAAAUAUCUAUUCAAUAACGUUAGCAAGCUAGCUAGCUCACUGGGCCACGUUUGCCUUCGUUCUAGACAUGGUGCCCGUCUGCCACCCAUCUUGUUAGAAUUACAUUAGCUAGCUAAUGCGGGUACAGUAGAAUUUGACAGCGUGUGUUGAUUGGUAUAACUAGCUAGCUACCUAGGAGUUGUGAUGACAACGCAAAAAUUGAGUAGCGUCAAUAUUUCUACAAUUUCGUUGAACUAAGCAUUCACAAUGUCGUGUUAUUUUCAGUACAGUAGCUACUGCUGUAGUACCUAGCUGACCGUGCAGGCACCCCCUGCGCUUUGUUAUGGUAGUAUGUCAGGCUUCCUUUGUCUCUUCCGAUCAGUUAGGUGGGCACUGUAGCUAGCUAGCGUUAACUGGCAAGGAUACUCGAAUAUACUAACGUGGAAUUUGCAAUGCGCUUUUAUAUCCAACCUGUAAAUACGAUGAAUACACAUUUAGCUAAAUAUUAUUGCAAGCCAACACUCACGCGCACUGGAAGCUGGUUUUAGCCUGAGUGGGUAACGUUAGCAAACCGGUAGGAUAGUAGGCGUAGCUAACUUUAUUUAUUAAUUGCAGAUACCCUAGCUAUACCUUUGGUUCCGUUAAUUGUCCUUUUUCUUAGAUAGUUGUUUGCGCUGCUAUGUGUGCACAACUCACAUUCAUAUUUUCCCUAUUCAGCAUUGCCACUGAUGUUGCAGUUGGCGUGAAGGUAAAUUUGCACUUUAGCACCUGACUUUUCAGGACACUUUCAUCAAUUGGCAAACGAUGUACCAAGUAAAUUCAUGUAUGCAUUCUUAUUUUACAGAGAGGCUCAGAUGAAUUAAAUCUCUACAGCACCAGCCCUAACUCUGUGACUGGUGAGCACUUUUUCUCUCCCAUUCAGGCAUAUAGGAAAGUAAAGCUAAAGCCAUUCACAUUCUAACAUUGUUUCCCCCCGUUUGAAAAGACUGCCUGAAAUUUCAGGCUGUUGUGGUGGGAUGGAGUUUUGGCCUGCCUGGUGAUAUCACCAGGCGGUAAAUUUGUUCAGACUAAUAAGAAAGAGUUCCAAACCGCUCUGCCAAUAAACUUUGCUAAGAAGCUGUUUUUGUUUCUUUUUUACUAUUUUAAUUUAAAACAAUCACAGUAAGGUACUUAAUUGCUACCCAGAAAUAAUUUGAUGUUAUUUAUGUUAUGUUUAGUAUUACAUUAUUGAUUACUGCAUUGUUGGGUUCAGAGCUUGUAAGAAAGGCAUUUCACUGUACUUGCAGUGGUGGGAAAAGUACCCAAUUGUCAUACUUGAGUAGAAGUAAAGAUGCCUUAAUAUAAAAUGACUCAAGUGGAAGUCGCCCAGUAAAAUACUAUUUGAGUAAAAGUCUAAAAGUAUUUGGUUUUACAUAUACUUAAGGAUCAAAUGUAAUUGCUAAAAUAUACUUAAGUAUCAAAAUAAUUUCAAAUUCCUUUAUAUUAAGCAAACCACAAGGCACCAUUUUCUUAUUUUUUAUUGAUUUACGGAUAGCCAGGGGCACACUCCCAACACUCAGACAUCAUUUACAAGUGAAGCAUUUGUGUUUAGUGAGUCUGCCAGAUCAGAGGCAGUAGGGAUGACCAGGGAUGUUCUCUUGAUAAGUGUGUGAAUUGCACCAUUUUCCUGACCUGCUAAGCAUUCAAAAUGUAACUAGUACUUUUGGGCAUCAGGGAAAAUGUAUGGAGUAAAAAGUAAAUUAUUUUCUAUAGCAAUGCAGUGAAGUAAAAGUUGUCCUAAAUAGUAAAGAACAGAUACUCAAAAAAAAAGACAAGUAGUACUUUAAAGUAUUGUUACUUAAGUACAACUAUGUACUUGGGCACGUAACAUUAAAACUAGAAACUUGAUAUUGAGAUAAAAAUGAAUGCAUUGGACCUUUUUAAGGGCUGAAGACAGCUGAUGCGAUAUAUUCAUGCAUGGCGCUUGAUUUCACAGCUAACGGCAAUGACGGCAGUAAAAAACUGAGAGUGGAGGACAGGAUGGAGAGUCCCCCGUCCCGGGUGCUCCACAUCCGGAAGCUGCCCAGCGAGGUGUCUGAGACGGAGGUCAUCGCCCUGGGCCUACCGUUCGGCAAGGUCACCAAUAUCCUCAUGCUGAAGGGCAAAAAUCAGGUGAGUUUUGUGGCGGAAAUUGUCUUGGAUAUUUUUGUUUUAUGCUGUUAUUGUAGUGCCAUGAUUAGGGCCAGGAGUUUGUCCUGACCAUGUAAAGCAGGGGAUAGGCAACUAGGGAGCGGAUGGUCGGGGGGCGGAACAUAAUUAUAAUUUGUACACUGCAAAUUGACCAACUAAGCACAAAAAUAUAUUAUUUUUUUAAAUAUACAGAACAAAAAUAUAAACGCAACAUGUAAAGUGUUGGUCCCAUGUUUCAUGAGCUGAAAUAAAAGAUCCCAGUAAUGUUCCAUACGCACAACUUAUUUCUCUCAAAUUUUGUGCAUACAUUUGAUUACAUCCCUGUUGGUGAGCAUUUCUCUUUGCCAAGAUAAUCCAUCCACCUGACAGGUGUGGCAUAUCAAGAAGCUGAUUAAAUAGCAUGAUCAUUAUACAGGUGCACCUUGUGCUGGGGACAAUAAAAGGCCACUCUAAAAUGUGCAGUUUUCACACAACACAAUGCCACAGAUGUCUCAAGUUUUGAAGGAGCGUGCAAUUAGCAAGCUGACUACAGGAAUGUCCACCAGAGCUGUUGCCAGAGAAUGUAAUGUUCAUUUCUCUACCAUAAGCCGCCUCCGACGUCGUUUUAGAGAAUUUGGCAGUACGUCCAACCGGCCUCACAACCGCAGACCACGUGUAACCACACCAGCCCAGGACCUCCACAUCCAGCUUCUUCAACUGCGGGAUCGUCUGAGACCAGCCACCCAGACAGCUGAUGAAACUGAGGAGUAUUUCUGUCUGUAAUAAAGCUCUUUUGUGGGGAAAAACUAAUUUUGACUCUGGGGAAGUAGAUGAAGGGCUUCAUUGACAAAAUCUCGAAGUAUCCCUUUAACUGUAUCAGUCCCGAGACCCCAGCAAGAAUCGUCUUUUCAUUUAUCUGACUUUCAUUUAUCUGCAUGCCCAGCUCAUAUAUUUAGCCUCACAAUGAAGUGUUUUACCAUUUUUAUUUUCAGGACAACCAGGGCUACACAGUUGCAUUCAUGAGUUUUAUUUACAAAUAAAUAAGCUGAUUAAAAAUGGAUUGAUAUGAAUGCUGUAAGUACAGAAAUUGUUUGCUCACCAGGAAAUGUAUAUCCAACUACUCAGUAACAACUGUGUGGAGUUUGUGACUGCAACUGUGAGCUUAUUAUAGACACUGUACUGUCCUAAGAUUUCCUAUGAUCUAUGUAGAAGAACCCCUUAUCUUCUAACGACUCUUGUGUAGCUUGUGAGCGUCAUAUAGCAAAACAUGUUACAUGUUCGUGACUGUCUCAGCUUUUAUAGAUGGCUUUUAAUAGUGUGUAGCUCAAACCAUUGGGACUCAACAGAUGUUUUUGUAAAAAGACCGGGAUCCGCCCAUGUCUCUCAAACCCCGCUCUAGCUCAGCCCCCGCUAAUCACAGAGACUAAUGGUUGGUAUCUACAGAUGCACUCUGUAGCUCAAACACACAGUUUUUAAAAGGGGUUAAAGACCUAAAUGCUCAAGUGUUAUGGUGGGACUCUUGUGUUAAACCUCACCUGAGCUUUCCCUGUUCAGGACAAAUGGUCAGGAACUCCUGACCCUAAGCUUUUAAAAAAAAAACUAUUUAAUACUACAACAGAAGCAAUUUGUCCUCUUGUCUUUCUUGAAAUUGUCCUCUGUCCAUGUGCAAGGCGUUCCUGGAGCUUGGUACAGAGGAGGCGGCCGUUACAAUGGUGAACUACUAUACGGCAGUGACACCUCAGGUCCGCAACGUCCCCGUGUUCAUCCAGUUCUCCAACCACAAGGAGCUCAAGACAGACAGUGCUCUCAACCAGGUGAGAUUCUGUCAUUUCCCAGAAAAUACACUUGUGCAUGACUAGUAUUGAGUCUCUAGUGUAGACACACGGAAAUUUUGUACUAGGACAGCCUUGGCAUUUGUGACUGCACUUUUAUAGAUUUACCGACUGCCAAUCUUUCUCGCUCUUCCUCUCUUUCAUACUUACCCACUCAGCGUGCACAAGCUGUCCUCCAGGCAGUGUCGGCGGUGCAGGACGGUGGCUCUCCCAACUCUGACACCAGUGCGCUGGAUAGUGUUCUAGCCCAGGCCCCCAGCCCCGUGCUCAGGAUAAUCAUUGACAACAUGUUCUACCCCGUCACUCUGGACGUCCUCCAGCAGAUCUUCUCCAAGUUUGGAACUGUCAUGAAGAUCAUCACAUUCACCAAGAACAACCAGUUCCAGGCCCUGCUCCAGUUCAGCGAACCAGUCAACGCCCAGCAAGCCAGACUGGUGAGCAGACAGACAAACCUGUAGUAUAUUCAGUUCUGAGUCAACUUACCUGUUAAAAUUAAGGUUGAUAACAAUUUUGUUUGUCUACCGGUCUCUCUCUCCAGAAUAUCACGAUGUUAAAAACAAAACGCUUACUAAUGAAGUGUAUUUCUUUCAUCACAUUCUCCAGUCCCUGGACGGCCAGAACAUCUACAACUCAUGCUGCACACUGCGGAUCGACUUCUCCAAACUGGUCAACCUCAACGUCAAGUACAACAACGACAAGAGUCGCGACUACACCCGGCCCGAGCUACCCGCUGGCGACGGCCAGCCCACCCUAGACCCUGCCAUGGCAGCCGCCCUCAACAAGGACUCCUCCCUGCUUGGUAAGACCUGCCUCCAUCCGUCCAACCAUCUUCACCCUUUUCUCUUCUGUCCCCCUCUGUUCUUUCUCUCUCUUCUUUCUCUCUCUUCUCUCUUUUUCCAGGCCUGUCAAGUCAGCUCUCUCUCCUCUGUAUAAAAGUCAAUACCACUAAGUGUUCUCUCUCAAUGGGAGUCUGGGUAUGUACUUAUCUAAUGCUUUGUAGAGGUAGUAGGUGGACAACAGAAAUCCCUACCAGUCCAGUAAUACACCACGACGUGACGAACAAAAGAAGGAAUGAGAACAAAUUGGAAAAUGGGUCAAUGUAUAUUAUCAACAGUCUGUUCCAAGCCAUAAAAGAGCCUUGUCAAUUUGAUAAAGCUUUUCUACAUUAUAACUACUCCCAUCCCCCCCAUGCCCAACGUGUAUAUUUAAGCCUUUUCCUGUACACUCCUUAGGUACCCCCUCUGGAAUGGUAGCUCCCUACUCUAGCGGUGGAGGGUUUCAGUCUUCUCUCUCCUACUCGCAGGGCGGAGGUACCUAUGCUUUCCAUUAUCUUUUCUUUUUUUCACUCUUAAGUCUUACCUGGUGUGUGUCUGUUGUCUAGGGGCAAAAGAGACAUAAACAUUUGGUGUUAUAGCAACCACACCUGUCAGACCAAGGAAGAAGAAAAAAAUGUCUACUAGCAUGUUUGAGGAGUUUAAAAUACACUGAACAAAAAUAUAAUGCAACAAUUUCAAAGAUUUUACUGAGUUACAGUUCGUAUAAGGAAAUCUGUCAAUUGAAAUAAAUUCAUUAGACCCUAAUCUAUAGAUUUCACAUGACUGGGUAUACAGAUAUGUAUCUGUUGCUCACAGAUGCCCACAAAAAAAAAAGUAGGGCGCGUGGAUCAGAAAACCAGUCAGUAUCUGGUGAGCCCACCAUUUGCCUCAUGCAGCGCGACACAUCUCCUUUGCAUAGAUUGUGGAAUGUUGUCCCACUCCUCUUCAAUGGCUGUGCGAAGUUGCUGGAUAUUGGCGGGAACUGGAAUACGCUGUCGUACAUGUCGAUCCAGAGAAUCCCAAAAAUGCUCAAUGGGUGACAUGUCUGGUGACAUUUCAGCUUCCAGGAAUUGUAUACAGAUCCUUGCGACGUGGGGCUGUGCAUUAUCAUGCUGAAACAUAAGGUGAUGGCGGCGGAUGAAUGGCACAACGAUGGGCCUCAGGAUCUUGUCACAGUAUCUCUGUGCAUUCAAAUUGCCAUUGAUAAAAUGCAAUUGUAUUCAUUGUCCGUAGCUUAUGCCUGCCUGCCCAUACCAUAACCCCACCGCCACCAUGAGGCACUCUGUUCACAGCGUUGUCAGCAAACUGCUCGCCCACACAACGCCAUACACGCCAUCUGCCAGGUACAGUUGAAACCAGGAUUAAUCUGUGAAGAGCACACUUAUGCAGCGUGCCAGUGGCCAUCGAAGGUGAGCAUUUGACCACUGAAGUUGGUUAUGACGCCGAACUGCAGUCAAGUCAAGACCCUGGUGAGGACGACGAGCACACAGAUGAGCUUCCCUGAGAUGGUUUGUGAUAGUUUGUGCAGAAAUUCUUUGAUUGUGCUAAACCCACAGUAUCAUCAGCUGUCCGGGUGGCUGGUCUCAGACGAUCCCGCAGUUGAAGAAGCUGGAUGUGGAGGUCCUGGGCUGGCAUGGUUACACGUGGUCUGCGGUUGUGAGGUCGGUUGGACGUACUGCCAAAUUCUCUAAAACGACGUUGGAGGUGGCUUAUGGUCGAGAAAUAAACAUUAAAUUCUCUGGCAACAGCUCUGGUGGACAUUCCUGCAGUCAGCUUGCUAAUUGCACGCUCCUUCAAAACUUGAGACAACUGUGGCAUUGUGUUGUGUGAAAACUGCACAUUUUAGAGUGGCCUUUUAUUGUCCCAGCACAAGGUGCACCUGUGUAAUGAUCAUGCUCUUUAAUCAGCUUCUUGAUAUGCCACACCUUUCAGGUGAAUGGAUUAUCUUGGCAAAGGAGAAAUGCUCACUAACAGGGAUGUAAACAAAUUUGUGCACAAUUUGAGACAUAUGUAUUUUGUGCGUCUGGACAUUUUCUGGGAUCUUUUCAGCUCAUGACACAUGGGACCAACACUUUGACGUUGCGUUUUUUAAAAAUAUUUUUGUUCAGUGUAUGAUACAGUUGCUUAAGAAUGACCAAGGAUGUCGUCAUGAAAGGACUUAGAACAUGUGGAAUAAUGAAAGGUUAGCUUUAGUUGACUAACCUUUCCUGUGUCUUGAAUAGCUUUUGACAAAUAUUUUUUUGUUUUUGUUGUGGAAAAUGCAUGUGUGCAUCCCUUUGUGUGUGCGUGAGCAUGUGUGUCCCUGUGUGAGUGCACGUGCUCCUGUGUGUAUGCGUGUCCGACCCAUUAUGUAAAUGUUUGUGGGCAUGGCAUGCACACUAGCACAGCGUUUACCAAACUAGGGCUUGCGACCCCACGUGGGGUUGCCUGGUUUGAAAAUGGAGUCGUGAGAGAAACUCUACAAAAAAAAAAGUGCUUGAUUCAUAGAACCUCAGGAUGUCAGUAACCUCUGGUACUAGAUGCGGUUGUAAUAAACAGAGCGGUGCCUGUUUUCCUCCUACAAAUGUGGCUCUAUCUUUUGAACGGUUUAAUACUAUGACCCCAUCACUGAAAGAUAAGACUCUCAGGAACACAUGCAUGUCUUCGGUUUUCCUUUACAAUGCCCACAAGCUGGUCAGGAACAUUAAAACAAAGGGGAUACGACCAGGCACUAAAUCAGACUGGGGGAUUUUUCCCUACACAGAAGAUCAUACUCAUUAUUGCCUGAUGAUCUUCUAACUGUCCCAAUAUCUUUCUGAUGCGUUUCAGUCACUUCAACAUUUACAUUUUAGUAAUUUAGCAGACGCUCUUAUCCAGAGCGACUUACUUAGUGCAUACAUUUUUUUUUCUUCCAAACCAUACUUCCAUCAGAUUGACAUUUUUAAAAAGCCCAAAUAAAAAAAAAAGUUAACAUUGGCUGUUGAUUACAUGAGUUUUUAUUUUUAUUUUUUUAAUACGUGGUGGGGUUGUGAAAAAUGUUUAUCAAAAUGGGGUUUCAGGCUAAAAAAGUUUGGGAACCCCUGCUGUAGCACAUGGCUGUGUGGUGUGCUUUGCCUGUGCUUGCUGUCUGUCUCCCCAUUACCAUGUUAACGUGCCUGGCUCUCUGGCCAUUCCUCCAGGAGCCAUGAGUCCUCUGAGUGCUGCGGCUGCAGCGGCGGCAGCUGCAGGGAGGGUGGCGCUCUCCGGACACUCUGGCUGCAGCGGCGUGCUCCUGGUCAGCAACCUCAACGAAGAGGUCAGUAACGUCCCCCAGACCUCCCCCUUUCUCUUUGCUCUCCUCCUAUAGUACACAGAUCUCACUUGGAUCUCAUGCCUCUCUGACUUUGUCUUGUACAUCAUUGUUCAUUGAUUAUGACAUGGACUUUGAGCAGACAUUUAUUAUAGUUGGUAUGACUGGUGUUAUUUCAUGAGUGGAAGGGCUCAGAAUUUUUUGGGAAAAUAUCCCCAUCUAUACAAUUUGGCUAUUUAGUCCAACCUUACAUUUCGUUGCACAAGUACUUGCACAAUACUUGAAUGGAAUUAUCUAUUAUACUUCUUGAUCAGUACACAGAUCUGAAGUUAUACACUGCUCAAAAAAAUAAAGGGAACACUCAAAUAACACAUCCUAGAUCUGAAUGAAUGAAAUAAUCUUAUUAAAUACUUUUUUCUUUACAUAGUUGAAUGUGCUGACAACAAAAUCACACAAAAAUUAUCAAUUGAAAUCAAAUUUAUCAACCCAUGGAGGUCUGGAUUUGGAGUCACACUCAAAAUUAAAGUGGAAAACCACACUACAGGCUGAUCCAACUUUGAUGUAAUGUCCUUAAAACAAGUCAAAAUGAGGCUCAGUAGUGUGUGUGGCCUCCACGUGCCUGUAUGACCUCCCUACAACGCCUGGGCAUGCUCCUGAUGAGGUGGCAGAUGGUCUCCUGAGGGAUCUCCUCCCAGACCUGGACUAAAGCAUCCGCCAACUCCUGGACAGUCUGUGGUGCAACGUGGCGUUGGUGGAUGGAGCGAGACAUGAUGUCCCAGAUGUGCUCAAUUGGAUUCAGGUCUGGGGAACGGGCGGUCCAUAGCAUCAAUGCCUUCCUCUUGCAGGAACUGCUGACACACUCCAGCCACAUGAGGUCUAGCAUUGUCUUGCAUUAGGAGGAACCCAGGGCCAACCGCACCAGCAUAUGGUCUCACAAGUGGUCUGAGGAUCUCAUCUCGGUACCUAAUGGCAGUCAGGCUACCUCUGGCGAGCACAUGGAGGGCUGAGCGGCCCCCCAAAGAAAUGCCACCCCACACCAUGACUGACCCACCUCCAAACCGGUCAUGCUGGAGGAUGUUGCAGGCAGCAGAACAUUCUCCACGGCGUCUCCAGACUCUGUCACAUGUGCUCAGUGUGAACCUGCUUUCAUCUGUGAAGAGCACAGGGCGCCAGUGGCGAAUUUGCCAAUCUUGGUGUUCUCUGGCAAAUGCCAAACGUCCUGCAUGGUGUUGGGCUGUAAGCACAACCCCCACCUGUGGACGUCGGGCCCUCAUACCACCCUCAUGGAGUCUGUUUCUGACCGUUUGAGCAGACACAUGCACAUUUGUGGCCUGCUGGAGGUCAUUUUGCAGGGCUCUGGCAGUGCUCCUCCUGCUCCUCCUUGCACAAAGGCGGAGGUAGCGGUCCUGCUGCUGGGUUGUUGCCCUCCUACGGCCUCCUCCAUGUCUCCUGAUGUACUGGCCUGUCUCCUGGUAGCGCCUCCAUGCUCUGGACACUACGCUGACAGACACAGCAAACCUUCUUGCCACAGCUCGCAUUGAUGUGCCAUCCUGGAUGAGCUGCACUACCUGAGCCACUUGUGUGGGUUGUAGACUCCGUCUCAUGCUACCACUAGAGUGAAAGCACCGCCAGCAUUCAAAAGUGACCAAAACAUCAGCCAGGAAGCAUAAGAACUGAGAAGUGGUCUGUGGUCACCACCUGCAGAACCACUCCUUCAUUGGGGGUGUCUUGCUAAUUGCCUAUAAUUUCCACCUGUUGUCUAUUCCAUUUGCACAACAGCAUGUGAAAUAUAUUGUCAAUCAGUGUUGCUUCCUAAGUGGACAGUUUGAUUUCACAGAAGUGUGAUUGACUUGGAGUUACAUUGUGUUGUUUAAGUGUUCCCUUUAUUUUUUUGAGCAGUGUAUUUUAUAAGAUGGCUACAACUUAAACGACUACUAUAUUCAGUUUUGCUCAGUAUUCCUUGACUGUUAUUCUAUAAAGCUCUGCUGCACACAACCUCUAGUUUAGCCCUUAGAAACCCUGACCCAGUUUUCCUUGCAUAACAUUUUUGAAAAGUGAUUAGGACUGCCAAAGGAGACCCCUAAUAACAUAUUUCUGAAAGUCUAAUUGAUGUGAUCUUGCCAUGCAAACCACACAUUUGCGUAGAUUUUUUGUAUCACUUAAUUCCCUGCGUAAAGACAUUGACAUAGACAGGUUAGCUGACAACAAAUAAACGUCACAAACAAUGCGCAAGCUUCAAUUGGGCAGAAGUCUGUGUGUUGUGAUUCUGGAGGGCCAGAUAGUUAGCAACAAUGGCAAGAAGUGGGGAAUCAUACAGUGGGGAGAACAAGUAUUUGAUACACUGCCGAUUUUGCAGGUUUUCCUACUUACAAAGCAUGUAGAGGUCUGUAAUUUUUAUCAUAGGUACACUUCAACUGUGAGAGACGGAAUCUAAAACAAAAAUCCAGAAAAUCACAUUGUAUGAUUUUUAAGUAAUUAAUUUGCAUUUUAUUGCAUGACAUAAGUAUUUGAUACAUCAGAAAAGCAGAACUUAAUAUUUGGUACAGAAACCUUUGUUUGCAAUUACAGAGAUCAUACGUUUCCUGUAGGUCUUGACCAGGUUUGCACACACUGCAGUAGGGAUUUUGACCCACUCCUCCAUACAGACCUUCUCCAGAUCCUUCAGGUUUCGGGGCUGUCGCUGGGCAAGAAGGACUUUCAGCUCCCUCCAAAGAUUUUCUAUUGGAUUCAGGUCUGGAGACUGGCUAGGCCACUCCAGGACCUUGAGAUGCUUCUUACGGAGCCACUCCUUAGUUGCCCUGGCUGUGUGUUUUGGGUCGUUGUCAUGCUGGAAGACCCAGCCACGACCCAUCUUCAAUGCUCUUACUGAGGGAAGGAGGUUGUUGGCCAAGAUCUUGUGAUACAUGGCCCCAUCCAUCCUCCCCUCAAUACGGUGCAGUCAUCCUGUCCCCUUUGCAGAAAAGCAUCCCCAAAGAAUGAUGUUUCCACCUCCAUGCUUCACGGUUGGGAUGGUGUUCUUGGGGUUGUACUCAUCCUUCUUCUUCUCCAAAACAUGGCGAGUGGAGUUUAGAACAAAAAGCUCUAUUUUUGUCUCAUCAGACCACAUGACCUUCUCCCAUUCCUCCUCUGGAUCAUCCAGAUGGUCAUUGGCAAACUUCAGACGGGCCUGGACAUGCGCUGGCUUGAGCAGGGGGACCUUGUGUGCGCUGCAGGAUUUUAAUCCAUGACGGCGUAGUGUGUUACUAAUGGUUUUCUUUGAGACUGUGGUCCCAGCUCUCUUCAGGUCAUUGACCAGGUCCUGCCGUGUAGUUCUGGGCUGAUCCCUCACCUUCCUCAUGAUCAUUGAUGCCCCACGAGGUGAGAUCUUGCAUGGAGCCCCAGACCGAGGGUGAUUGACCGUCAUCUUGAACUCAUCCAUUUUCUAAUAAUUGCACCAACAGUUGUUGCCUUCUCACCAAGCUUCUUGCCUAUUGUCCUGUAGCCCAUCCCAGCCUUGUGCAGGUCUCCAAUUUUAUCCCUGAUGUCCUUACACAGCUCUCUGGUCUUGGCCAUUGUGGAGAGGUUGGAGUCUGUUUGAUUGAGUGUGGGGACAGGUGUCUUUUAUACAGGUGCAGUUAAUACAGGUAAUGAGUGGUGAACAGGAGGGCUUCUUAAAGAAAAACUAACAGGUCUGUGAGAGCCGGAAUUCUUACUGGUUGGUAGGUGAUCAAAUACUUAUGUCAUGCAAUAAAAUGCUAAUUAUUUACUUAAAAAUCAUACAAUGUGAUUUUCUGAAUUUUUGUUUUAGAUUCCGUCUCUCACAGUUGAAGUGUACCUAUGAUAAAAAUUACAGACCUCUACAUGCUUUGUAAGUAGGAAAACCUGCAAAAUCGGCAGUGUAUUAAAUACUUGUUCUCCCCACUGUAAGUGGCUUGUUUCAGCUAGUUUUAUCUUGUUCUUGAUAGCACAUGUCACGUCUAUGCAAAAAUUCGCUAGUUAACCAACAACUGUAACAAUGUAUUUGAGACAAGUGCUCAUGUGCAAAUGUAUUUGUUUUCAAUAAACAUUGGCGACAAAUAUAGUUUACAUGUUGUCAACAAUCUAAGCCAACCCAGUCUGUUUGGCCCCAUAGUUGUGCACGCGUCGGUUUUGUUGCUAAACACCCAAUCCGUCUAUAUAGACGGGUUAGUUGACAACGUCACGAAAAUGAUGCGCACGAAUCGAUGUGGCCAGAAGCCGCGUGUUAUGAUUCUGAAUGGUCAGAUGGCUAGAAACAAUGACAAGAAGCAGCGACGCGGGGAAUCGUAGGUGGCUCGUUGUAGAUCUUGUUUUGACUGAUUUCAUGUCAAUGCUAAUAUGGCAAAACAUUUGCUAGCUAGCUAACCAACAAAUGUAACAAUGUAUUUGAGACAUUGGCCUAUUGUGCUUAUGUAUUUAUGCUUUCAAUAAACAUUUGGAGACAGUUAACAUGUCAACAGUCUAAGCCAACCCUGUCUGUUUUGCCCCAUAGUUUCACGUGUCGGUUUUGUUGCUAAACAACCAACCCGUCUAUAAGACAUCGGGCUUUAAUUAAAGGGUUAGUCUGAGGGUGUAAGUACCAAGACAAGUGUUUUUCUGUCAAGCGUCAUUCACCAUGAGGUCAUCCAAAUGGUUGUACAGCCAGUCAAGAGAUGUAAUCAUAUCAGUGCUCAUUUAUGUGAAUUUUAUGUUAGCCUCAGUGCUUGCUUAUGUUUUUGUCUCCAUAGCCUAAGUCAACUGAACUGCAGUUACUUCUCAGGCUCUGUCUUAGUGAAUGGAGGGGCUCAGUUCACACUCUCUCUUUCUCUAUCUGCUAUGCAUUCUGUGCAAAUUUUAACCGCUGUCUCCUAAACUCUCUUUCUCUCUUUCUCUCCCUCCCUCCCUCCCUUUCUCCCUCUUUCAUGUCAAGUGAUAGUCCUUCCUAACUCUCGUUCUUUUCUUUCAAGCCCCCCCGUUCACUCCUCUCUCCCAAUGCCUUUCUCUAAGCUAUGUCAAGUUGGUAUGAACUGUGGGGGCUACACCAACCACCCCCACCUCAAAUUUUCUCUCACCCACUGUCUCUCUAUGCUAUAUCUAUCUAUAAAUUCUCAACAGAAGUAAUAUUCUCUGAUCGUUUCUCUCUCCAAACACUGGGUUUGUGGACUUGAACAUGAUAUGUUCGGUUUAUGCCAUAACUCUGUAAGGUGGUUUUCAUGUCUUUACCUGCAUGGCCCAAACGCUCCUCCUUUGGAAAUUAAGAGGGUAGCGCCCCUGCCACCAGCUUUAACCAAUAUUCCUGCAUUUCAUAUGCUACCAAGCUUACUUACUUUACUAAAACCUUAACUUUUGAGACUCUUCUGCAUGCCCAAUCCAUGCCCCCUCUCAUCGCUAUUGGUUACAAACUAGGCUUGGGUGUAAAUGUACUCUGCUCCCCCUUUGUUCUCAGGUGUUGACAUUUGGCACUAUUAUUUCCUUGUAUGUUUGGGAUUAAAGCCCCUCACAGCAAACCAAAUCCGGCCAUUUUCUGACCAAACUCCUGCAUUUCCAAUGUACUGACCUGUUUUAAUUUUUGUCCCCCACCCCAACUCUUUGUUUUUUAUUUACUCCGCAUUGCUGCCCCCUCCCACCCCCCUUCCCCUCGUUCAUUCCCACCCUUCCGUCUUGCCCCUUUUGUGUCCUGUCCGCACCCUCUUACUUCCCUCCCUCCUUUCCUUCCCCCUCCUUCCACACGUUCAUGCUUUGUGCCUGAACAAAACUGUUCCUCCUCGGACCAACUUCCCCAAUUAACUGCCUUGAACCCAUGCUCCAUGACCACCUCACCAUUCUACGGGAAACCACCCUCCGUUAUGGAUGAUCUGUCCAUCUCCGCUCUACCUCCGACUCUUCUCUCUACCUGUCUUACGCUGCUUGCUCUUCUCUCCUUCUAAAGAUGGUUACGCCCCAAAGUCUGUUUACCCUCUUCGGUAUGUUAUCGUUAGCACUCUACCUUUUCCGUUUUAGUUUUUUUUUUACUCCAUGUUUUUUGUUUUCUCUUAUCUCAUUUGAUUUAUGGUUAGUAUUUCCAUAGUUGAGUUAACUGUUUCAUGUUUUUCUUUCACGUUUUGUUUAGUACAGAUUUUGGCCUUCAAGGCCUCUAGUCUCAUCUCUCUCCAUCUCACUCCAUGAAUAAAUUACGUUAAUGCAUGGUUGAUUAUUCGGCAUGUAGUCUUUUUUGUUCAUUUUUUUUUCAUUUCACAAAGCUUGUUUUUUGGAGGGAUUUUAUCAGCAUAUUCUCUCUAUUCUCUCUCUCCCUCUCUCUGUUAUAAGGUUAUUGUUCUAAGACUCUUUGAUUGGUUUAAAUCAUAUGGAUGAUUGCUCCAUCCUUUUUCACGUCUCAUAUUUAAACUCCCUAAAGCACUAACUUUGUCCUUCAUGGUUCACUCCUCCCUCUCCUCUGCCUUUUGCUCUCUCCUCUCUUCCUCCUGCCGUCUGCCUAUCGUUAUAAUUAAGGGGUGUACGGUGAUGCUCAGCGCGUGAAGAUCCUCUACAAUAAGAAGGACAGUGCUCUCAUCCAGAUGUCGGACGGGAACCAAGCCCAGCUCGGUGAGUGGGUUCCCAUUUGCCAUUCAUAUGCGUAGGCAACGGUAGGCAGGCUUCAGCGCAUCACACAACUUUGCAGUGAGCUGGAGGCAGUAUGCAUCUUGAAAACAUACCUAAUUGUUUGAAACCUGAAUGUUUUACUUCAUAUAAUGAGGCGUCUUACCUUGCUUGAAAGUAGCAUAAAGCCAAAAUCCCACCAAAUCGUGGAGGCAAUUAUUUAAUAAAGACUUCUAUAUGCCAUUGAAACCAGUAGCCUAUUUCUCAUAUUUUAUUGGUUUUCAAAUCACCUUUCUUUCAUUGUCCAGUAGCCAAAGGCACAAUCAUUUUACAUUUUAGUAAUUUAGCAGACGCUCUUAUCCAGAGCGACUUACAGUUAGUGAGUGCAUACAUUUUCAUACUGGCCCCCCGUGGGAAUCGAACCCACAACCCUGGCGUUGCAAGUGCCAUGCUCUACCAACUGAGCUACACGGGGCCUCUAUGACAAUCGUAGUCAUAUUAGCAACCCAUGCUAGUUGUUGCGUCUUUAGUUGUCCUAUUAUUUAUAAAAAAUGUUUAUGGAUAUUUUAAUCUGUCAGAUGAAACCACUCCCAUGUGCAGUGUGCUUUUGACAAGUGUUUUCCUGCUAAUUGCAUUAUGGAAUUAAUAUUUGCGCGGCGUAACCUAGUGCUUUGCGUGCAUUGCUGCGCAUAUAAUGUGAAGAAAUAAUAGUUUAUCAACAUUUUAAGCUAAAUGUUCUGAUCUGUUGCAUCAACCUCAAAGCUUUUUAAAGUUGUUUUGGAUGUAUCCUAGGCCUACUGGUUGGAUGAAUUUCUAUCUAUCGUCCCUCAACUGUCCCAAAGUCUGUUUGGAAUAGUCUUUCUUUCGCACAGAAUGACAAGAUUACUAAUAGAAUAUGUCAACUUUUCUACUAUGGAGGAUAGUAGUUUGGCAUAGGCUAGUGAUUUUGCUGUUUGCGUUACUCGUCUUGUUAGCUGAGGAAAAGUAAAUGUGGACAGUUAUUCGAUCAUCAAAGUGCACUUCGGAAUUUCGUAAGAAGGACGCACACCGUUGCAUCUGUUAAAAUGAAUUGCCACAAUCUAAACUUAAUUUCUGUCAUUCUGAGCAGCAUGGGUGGACACCCCUAAUCAGGUUACGCACCCAAUGCAUAUUGAUCCGAUACAUUUGUCAUAUUUCCGGUAAAUUAAAAAAACUGCUGGUCAAAUGUCCAGGGACACAUUUUCCUGACGGAAACCCUGUUCCUAACUAAUCACUUAAUUAAUCAAUCAAGUACAAGGGAGGAGCGAAAACCUGCAAACACUCGGCCCUCUGUGGAAUGUAUUUUCCAUUUUUUCGACGGUGUGCAGGUAUCUUUCCUUUCCAUUAGGCUGUUUUUGAAACCUACGCACUUGUGACUGCUCUUUUAUAGUCCUUAUUUCAAAAUAAUGUCAGACGGCCUGUCAUUGUUUCUAAUAAAUGGCAGAGAAACAUCUCCACAUUAACCACAUGCGAAACAUGUCACUGUAACCAUGUUUCCUAUAUGCCUUUCCUCAGCGAUGAGCCACCUGAAUGGCCAGAAGAUGAAUGGGAAAAUAAUCCGUGUGACGCUCUCCAAGCACCAGACGGUGCAGCUGCCCAGGGAAGGGCUGGAUGACCAGGGCCUCACCAAGGACUUCACCAACUCCCCCCUGCACCGCUUCAAGAAGCCUGGCUCCAAGAACUUUCAGAACAUCUUCCCUCCGUCCGCCACACUCCACCUCUCCAACGUCCCGUGAGUUUGUCUUAUGGUUUGGCUUGAUUCUGUCUAACAUUUCAUCAAUGGUUGUUGUCUUCUAGCUAGGGCAUUAGCAUGGUCUAUGAAUGGAGUUCCUCAAGGCUCUGUUCUCGUACCACUACUGUUUUCAUUAUAUGCUGCUUCUCUGGUAGACUACAUGACCAAAAGUAUGUGGACACCUGCUUGUCGAACAUUUCAUUCCAAAAUCAUGGGCAUUAAUAUGGAGUUGGUCCCCCUUUGCUACUAUAACAGCCUCCACUCUUCUGGGAAGGUGUUCCACAAGAUGUUGAAACAUUGCUGUGGGGACUUGCUUCGUUCAGCCAUGAGCAUUUGUGAGGUUGGACACUGAUGUUGGGCGAUUAGACCUGGCUCGCAGUUGGCGUUCCAAUUCAUCCCAAAGGUGUUCGAUGCAGUUGAGGUCAGGGCUCUUUGCAGGCUAGUCAAGUUCUUCCACAUUGAUCUCGGCAAACCAUUUCAGUAUGGACCUCUCUUUGUGCACAGAGGUAUUGUCAUGCUGAAACAGGAAAGGGCCUUCCCCAAACUGUUGCCACAAAGUUGGAAGCACAGAAUCGUCUAGAAUGUCAUUGUAUGCUGUAAUGUUAAGAUUUCCCUUCACUGGAACUAAGGGGCCUAGCCCAAACCAUGAUAAACAGCCUCAGACCAUUAUUUCUCCUCCACUUUACAGUUGGCAUUAUGCAGGUAGCGUUCUCCUGGCAUCCGCCAAACCCAGAUUCGCCCGGCGGACUGCCGAUGGUGAAGUGUGAUUUAUCACUCCAGAGAAUGCUUUUCUAAUGCUCCAGAGUCCAAUGGCGGCAAGCUUUACACCACUCCAGCCGACGCUUGGCAUUGCGCAUGGUGAUCUUAGGCUUGUGUGCGGCUGCUCGGCCUUGGAAAACCAUUUCAUGAAGCUCCCGACGAACAGUUCUUGUGCUGGCGUUGCUUCCAGAGGCAGUUUGGAACUCUGUAAUGGGUGUUGCAAAUGAGGACAGACUUGUGAGCUUGUGUGGCCUACCACUUCGCAGCUGAGCCGUUGUUGCUUCUAGACGUUUCCACUUCACAAUAACAGCACUUAGUUUAGCAGGGCAGAAAUUUGACGAACUGACUUGUUGGAAAUGUGGAAUCCUCUGAAGGUGCCACGUUGAAAGUCACUGAGCUCUUCAGUAAGGCCAUUCUACUGCCAUAGUUUGUCUAUGUAGAUUGCAUGGCUUUGUGCUCAAUUUUUAUACACCUGUCAGCAACGGGUGUGGCUGAAAUAGCCAAAUCCACUAAUUUGAAGGGGUGUCCAAAUACUUUUGUGUAUGUUAUUUGGUUGCGAGAGUGAUAGGACAUUAGCAUUGUCUUUUUUUGCACUACACUAUUAUUUAGUAGUUUUGCUACCAUAUUUAAAGGGAUACUUUGAGAUUUUGGCAAUGAAGCCCUUUACUUGGUAUCCACGAGUUAAUCUGACUCUGGGGAAGUAGAUAAAGGGCCUCAUUGCCAAAAUCCCUAAGUAUCCCUUUAAGGGAUUAGCUGUAGCGCUGGUUAGAAGUUCUUGCAAUACAGUGUACCAGUGCAUUGACAUGGCUGAAUGUGCUUGCGUUGAGUUUCGCUCACUGUUGAUUUCGGAUUCGACAGGGAGGACGUGACUGAGGAGGAUCUGCGACUGCUGUUCUCUAACGCAGGUGGCACUGUGAAGGCCUUCAAGUUUUUCCAGUAAGACACCAUCUUUAACUGCCUGUAACUUCUUAUCAAAUUUAGUCCCAAGCCUGGGCCUUCGAACACCAUUUGGAAUGUGCCGCAAUCAUCAUCAUCAUUUUACCACCCGUGUGUGUGUGACUAGAUCGUGGUUACCUGAUCACAUUGUUCUUCUCCCACAAUGUAGAGGCCACAAAAUGGCGCUGCUCCAGAUGUCCACAGUCGAGGAGGCCAUCCAGGCCUUGAUGGACCUCCACAACUACGACAUGGGCAGCAACCACCACCUGAAGGUCUCCUUCUCCAAGUCUACCAUCUAGACAAACCACUCCAUCACAACCCACCCUAACCCCCUCUCUGACAAACCUCAAUAUGUGUGGUGCUCACCUGUUCAGUCCCCUCGGGGAGACCACCAUGACACUCACCUCCUAGGGAAAACAUUUGAACCAGUCAUUCCUUUUAGACGAUAUUGAUUAUCAAAAGCCCCCCACUAGAUGUGACGGUAGUUUCUACGAUGUCAUUGUCGUGAAACAUCACCCGUCUAGGUCCCCUUAUCCCUCUCUAUCUUAGUUUGUGUGGUUGGCAAGCUCCCUCUCUAUGUUCAUCAUGAGAAUGAAUUGGAUUCCCUCUUUUUCUUAGAAUGAUUCAGCGAAAAUGUGCCUUACUCAGCAAAAUAUUAUCAUCGUUUUGCCUCCUUACAUUUCUACAAGUGAUCGAGGUCUAGGCACAUUCUGUUUGGUUGUGGUUUCUGUUUUGUUUUCCCCUCCCCUUUUUUACAUGACUUGAUGUUCACCCAUUUGAAAUGUAGAUUUAAUAGUUUUGAUUUUGCGCUUUGUUUUUCAUAAUGUUGAUGAUUAACCUGAUUAGCAGCCUUAGAUAAGGAAGCCCAUCAGUUGGUUGGGUUGUUUUAUCCCAAACAACUCAAGGCAAGGCCAGUUUUCCCGGGUUGAGAAUGAUUACUGUAAAGGCUGUUGACACCAUUGUACACUUCACCUGCUAAGGACGACUGCUUAGAUUUUCCCUUACUGACUGUAAAUGCUGUCUAGAUGUUUUUCAAACCUUACUUGCGUAUGUCAUUGUUCCUCUUUUUGGUCUUUUAUUUUAUUUUUUAGUUUGAUUGAAAAUGGCAGUGAAUCUUUUUGAGCAUGUACUGAUGGGUCAUGGUAGUAGUGAAGACAUGUUGCUAUUGCAUGCGCCCAACAUCCAGAUGGGCAAUGUGGUCACUGGUCAUAGUGAAGUAUGAUUGUACAUGAGGACGGACUACCUGUUGGGACCAAAGUAAAUGUGCCUUUAGUCCUACUUUACGAUUUAAUUUAACAUUUUCUUUACUAAAACAAAUGUGGAUUAUAUGUUUGAGAGGGGGAACAAUACAAAUCAAAGUCGAACCCUCACAGAAUGUUUCUCCUUGAUUUCAACAAUCUUCUGUGCUGUUUUUGGUCAAUAAUUACUUACACUACACCUUCAGUUGAGAGAGAGAGGGGAAAAAAAGAUUUGCAAUGUGUGGGGAAAAGUUAUGAAUAUUUUCUACAUGGAUUGAGUUUUUACAUCUCAAUUGUAAUAAUCAAUAUAGUUUGGAAAAGGCACGAUUAAAAGCUCAUUUUCUACCAAGUGAGUCCAUGUUUGAUGGUUGCUGCUGUGUGUACCUACUCUGAUUUGACAUCUGUAGCAUGCUCAAUAAACUCUCCUGUAGCUCUAUUCACCCUCUUCUGUCUCUAUGCUCGCGCUUUCUUUCUCCUCUACACCUCACUCUUACUGUUCUGAUUUUCUCUGCCCAGGGUGGGAAAUCAACAUUUUGUUUGUGGAACAAAACUGCAAACCAGAAGAUGAUGAAAUUACAACAGACUAAAUUUGAAUUUCCC